ACGUCUGUUACCUUUUCUGCCCUUCCAAUCAAAUUGGUGUAAAUCUUUUUGGUUUCCUCUUUUUCAGAAAUUUAUUUUCCCUAAAGUUUUGUUUUCUUUGUAAAAACAUUGCAGAGUGCCCCCAAACCGAUUGAAACUCAAAGUUUGCUCCUUUGAAUCGAUCUUCGUCUCUAGUGAGGAGGAUGCAGAAUCAGAAUGAUACGGUGAAGGAUGAUGCGGAGCUCGCUGCUUCCAUCUCGGCUGAACAAUGGGGAUGCUGUUCAGUGGAGGAACCAUCUUUUCAAGAUGAUGAAGCUGCUAAAGUUCCUUAUGUUGGUGAUAAGGAGCCUAUGUCUAGUUUAGCUGCAGAGUACCAAGCAGGGAGCCCCAUUUUGCUUGAGAAGAUAAAGGUACUGGACAGUCAAUAUGUUGCAAUCAGGCGAACAAGAGGAGAUGGAAACUGCUUCUUCCGAAGUUUUAUGUUCUCUUACCUUGAGCAUAUUUUGGAAUCACAAGAUGGUGCUGAAGUUGACCGUAUCAAGCUCAAUGUUGAAAAAUGUAGAAAGAAUCUGCAGAACUUAGGCUACACAGAUUUCACAUUUGAGGACUUCUUUGCGUUGUUCCUUGAGCAACUAGAUGACAUCCUCCAAGGAGGCGAAGAGUCUAUAAGCUAUGAUGAGCUGGUUAACAGAAGUAGAGAUCAGUCUGUUUCCGACUACAGUAAGCUGCUCCUGAAUUUCUUUGACAACUUAUAUUCAACGGAAUGCAGUUUUGACAGAUUCUUGUGUCUCUCAGUUGUGAUGUUCUUCAGGUUUGUUACUGCUGGUGAAAUAAAAACGCGUGCUGAGUUCUUCGAGCCUUUUAUAACAGGAUUAUCUAAUACCACAGUGGAUCAGUUUUGCAAGACAUCAGUUGAACCGAUGGGGGAAGAGAGUGACCAUAUUCACAUAACAGCUUUGUCGGACGCGCUUGGUGUUGCAAUCCGGGUUGUGUAUCUUGACCGUAGCUCAUGUGAUACUGGAGGUGGUGUCACUGUGAACCAUCACGACUUUGUUCCCGUUGGCAGUGGCACUAAUGAGAAAGAAGAAGCUUCUUCUGCUGCUCCCUUUAUAACAUUGCUCUAUCGUCCAGGCCAUUACGAUAUCCUCUACCCCAAGGUAUUGGAGAAUGUGGAAAAAUGAUCAUUUAAUGAUUGCAAAACUGUGGUAAUAUGGAUUCUUUGAAUCAUGGUACACCAUCUCUUUGCUCCUUGAUUAUGAUCAAAACCCUUGCGACAUCAGAAAAUGGAUUUUUUUGUUUGUUUGUUUUACUAUAACAUUCGUGAUAGUCUCGCCUUUUGUGAAGUGUACUAAAAUGAACCAGAAGUGUUUGCGAUAUAAACAAUGACAAGAGUCUAAGUUUGUUUUAA